AUAUGCAUGAAAGUGGCCCUGGCUUGAACACUUAAGGCAUAGGCACGUACGCAGGUUACCUGAUAUGUUUACAGUUUACGGGUAUUUCCGAACCUUUUGUGUAUUGAACCUUUGACCUUUGUAUUGGCGGAUGACGUAAUGUUGACACAAGCAGUGUGAAACCUGUGCCUGUUCGAGUCAGGCGCAUAAAGCUAGUACGGAGACCGUGAAGACAAGGUGUUUUAGAGAUGUUUUCGUAGCAGAAAGUCGCCAUGUUGCGGGUGUGUGAGAAACUACGUGAGGCGGACGAGAAGGGCAGGAGGUACGGACUAGCCCGGGCGGAGACAGAAUACCUCCGUGCCCUGGUGGACGCCAUGGCCGACACGGAAAGGCUGGCGGAAGUGGAGCUGCUCAAAACUCUGGGCGACGUGAACGUGGAGAAGGGAAGACUCGGGAAGGACGUGGGGAAGUUCAACACAGCCUUGGCGCUUUACAUUACUGCUAUGGUACGGUGUUACCAUGAAGAACAGGCAGAUGGUAUAGAACACCGCUACCACUACACGGAGAGGCUUUUACAAGGGCUGUCGUCACAGGGUAAGGAACAGUCAACUGAAGACAAGGAGACGACUACACCUGCAAAGGUAGCGGCAAAGUUUCAAGAUCUGGACAAGAGACGGGCUACCGGAGGUAACACAGACUCUUUGCUGGCUGGAUACGCACAGGUUAUGGUAGAGGCGAUAGUAAACGACAACAGCAAGUUAGAAACAGAAGCGAUCAAGAGUCUGGGUGACGUGUACCUGAAAAGAGGAACAGAAACUGGAAACACUAGAGACUUGACCAGAGCUACUGCUCUGUACAACAGGGCACUGGCGCGGUGUCACAACGUUCAUGGAACAGUUGUCAUUGUUCACCGCUUACUGCACACCGCAAAAAUCAGACAAGACAUCACCACAAGAAACAAGAGGGUAACACGUGCGCAAAAACAACAAGACGUGAGACGACGGAAGGGCCACUUCUCUGCCUUCUCAGCUGCGCCCUCUAGCGACGGGACCACAAGUCAAGUUGACGACAUGUUACAUGAUUAUUUCACAACGUUUGUUUUGCUGUUCAGUUCCUACCGCAGGUACAUCCAGACGGCAGACCGUGAGGUGAGAAAUGGAGACCUGGACACAGCAGAGCAGAACCUAGCAGCCGCCCUGAAGCUGGUUCACGAUCGCAGUAAACCAAGGAAGGCUAAAGAAGCCGACUGUCUGUGCAGGUUGGGUGACGUCUACGUCGAGCGAGGUAAGCGGACAGGAGAAGGUAGGAAAUUCACACAGGCGGCAGCUCUGUAUAACGCCUCCAUGGCCAGAACAGAUGGAGACAAACAAAACAUGGUAACAAAACUGCAAGAAACUGAAAGGCAGUUUCUUAGAAACACUUGUAACCUUGACUGUGAACCGUGUCCGUAUAGCAGCGCGUUAGAUCACAGAAAAGAACUGGACAACUCGCGCGCCUGUGCAAAAUCUCAGCUCGACGCAAUUCAUCAGGAACACAACCCUUAUCAGUAUGAUGAAGACGAUCCCGUCGUGAGAGAGGUAGAGAUCAAACGAGCUGAAGCAAUCAAGAACUUGUUCAAGAGCAUCACUAAAGAAAGACGAGAGUUCAUCCAAGUACUGACAGACGAAUGCAUUGCCAAACUCGGACCUCCUCCCUGUAAGUAUGCUUUCAUGGGGUUGGGGUCACAAGCCACAGAACUGGUGACGCCGUACUCCGACCUGGAGUUCGCCAUUCUGACUGAGGAGGGGAAGGGCGAUGAUGAUACACGGAGGUACUUCCUAAAUCUCACACACUACUUACAUCUCAAAGUCAUCAACCUUGGGGAAACCAUCCUCCCAGCCAUGGCCAUCCCGUCACUCAACGACUUUCUCUCGGAAGACCCAGAGAAAGACUGGUUCUUCGACUCCGUCACGCCUCGCGGCUUUGCCUUUGACGGCUUCAUGCCAUGGGCUUCUAAGACUCCGUUUGGAAGAGACAAAACCAAAAGCAAACCUCCGAUUAGUCUCAUCCAGACUCCGGCCAAGUUGGCUAAGUAUCAGAAUAUCAGAAUCGCCCAAGCGGAAGGCUAUCACCUGUCAGACGUCCUCAGACGUGUGACUUACUUAACAGGGGAUGAAUCUUUGGUAGAUGAGUAUACAAGCAUUGUCAACAAAAGCGUAGAACGUUCCCCUGUUCUGUCGCGAUUGUCAGCAAUGCUCAUACUAAAGGAUAACAUUCGGGAAAUAAAAAAAGUUGAACCAACAGACCAACUUCUGAAUGUCAAGAAAGAAAUCUACCGUUUUCCCAGCGUGGUCGUUGAUGUGUUGAGUAUUUGCUGUGGUAUCACGAUCCCCAGUGUGUGGGCAAUGAUAGAAGAGUUACACAAGACACAGCGGAUCAGUCACGAAGAUGCCCACCACUUGACUGUACUGAUCAGCAUCUCAGCGGAGCUACGGUUAAGAACGUACAUUGCCAACGGAGGACAGAAGGACAGAAUGUCUCCUCUCACGGAGAUGAAAGUCCAACUGGACAAACAUGACGACGUAGAUGACACCAUCGUUGAAUCAGUUUUCCACAUACCAGACUCUAAAAUGUUGUUCAGGUACUACUAUACAGCCAUUCCAUUAAAAAGAUGCAUUGUGGAAACAGUUAAAAAGGAUAACCGAACAACAAAGAUAUUCCCAGCUGCCAUCUUUGACACCUCAUCUCAAACCAGGGGACGAAUAACACAACAGCUGUUGCAGUUUGACGCAUCCAUACGUCACUUCGAGGCAGCACUGGAAGAGGCGAGUGAUGACGAGGAAAAGCAGCUUGAGAUACUUUUUGCGUUAGGCAGUGUCUCACACAGUCGCGGUGACUAUGAGAAAGCGAAGAGCUACUACGAACGGACACUGAGCGCUGGAAAUAAUAUUUAUGCAGACUACACACUGAGUCCUGUACUUUCCUCAUUACUUGCAAACAUUGGGGUCUGUUGGAAUGAGCUUGGUGAUCAGAAGAAAGCUAUCAGUUAUCACGAACAGUCACUGAAGAUGAUGAAAGCUAUCUAUGGGGAAACAACGCCACAUCCCUACAUUGCAUCAUCACUAAACAACAUUGGGGCAUGUUGGAGUCACCUUGGUGAUCAGAGGAAAGCUAUCAGUUAUUACGAACAGUCACUGAAGAUGAGGAAAGCUAUCUAUGGCGUAACAACGCCACAUCCCGACAUUGCAUCAUCACUAAACAACAUUGGGACAUGUUGGAGUGACCUUGGCGAUCAGAAGAAAGCUAUGAGUUAUUACAAACAGUCACUGAAGAUGAUGAAAGCUAUCUAUGGCGAAACAACGCCACAUCCAGACAUUGCUAAAUCACUAAACAACAUUGGGGCAUGUUGGGAUGAACUUGGUGAUCAGAUGAAAGCUAUCAGUUAUUACGAACAGUCACUGAAGAUGAAGAAAGCUAUCUAUGGCGAAAGAACGCCACAUCUCGACAUUGCUAAAUCACUGAACAACAUUGGGGCAUGUUGGAGUGACCUUGGCGAUAAGAGGAAAGCUAUCAGUUAUUAUGAACAGUCACUGAAGAUGGAGAAAGCUAUCUAUGGGGAAACAACGCCACAUCCUGACAUUGCUAUAUCACUAAACAACAUUGGGGAAUGUUGGAAACAUCUCGGUAAUCACAGUCAAGUCAUGUGGUAUUUCAAACAAUCACUGGAUAUGAUGAAAGUUAUCUAUGGGGACAAUCCAGCACAUCCCAACAUAGCAAAAUUACUGAAGAAUAUUCGAUCCUGUAAAAGUGCCCUCCAUGAGUAGAGUAAAGCCGUUAGUAGUUAUAGCAAAUCGUCACUAGGGAUUAGCUAACUAUGGAGACACUACUGAACACCUCGAAUCUGCCUUGCCAUAUCAUGUCAUUACAUAGUCAUCUUGGUCACAAAUUGCUUACUAUGUAAGUAUGGCAGCUUCUAUUACAUAAUAAGGGGAAUAAAUGCACUUUGCAAGACUAUGUAUUGCGUUGGGAGACUAAUAGAUGUACUUGUAGUCUUUGGUGAAAUUUCUUGCACUCAUUGUAAGUAGGCAGCCAUUUGGACAAUUCCUUUAUGUUCUAUAUCUGGAAUUAUGGAUACGCACGACUGUAUUUAUAUUGCAUUAUUGUACUUUUAACGUGUAGUAAUUUUUAAUGUAAAUUUGAUAUGCAACGAAUAGGUUUUUAUCAAAUGUAACGAGCUUUUAUCAAAUAGCUGUACUUUAAGUGCAUUUUAUGUUUUAAAGCCUUCUCAAUUCAGCCAAAUAUGGCUGCUUACAGGCUUUUGUGUGUACUUAUAUAGUACAAAUAAACCAGUCUCUAUCUCUCUCUCUC